AUGGUCUUGGCCACCAGACCUGGGAGCAAGGGCACGGCAUGGUUUAGUGACAUCAGCUCUGUUGGGGUGGACCCAGGAACCCCGGUGGGUGCAGGAUGGAGGAACCCGGAUCACCGAGUGACCUUCCAGGAGCUGAUGUCCUACAGCCACCCAUGGCUCUACACCAAAAAAGAUACAAAACCCCCCCCCAACUCAUUAUCUGCCCAAACCGAGCUUCUCUGCAGGAGGUCUGUCUCCUGGACAGACGGACCCUCGUGGGGACGCCUGGCCAACUUGGUGACACGCAUCAUCUUGGAAGUGACCCUUGGCCAUCACCAACGUUUUGGGGUUGGUGCGGGUCGUGCCCCGACACCUCACACCCCACGUCCAGGCUUUGGCUUCCCCCCCGUGUCCCCCCCCAGCACUUUUGCAGCCAGGCGUGACCCGGCGCUCUGGGCCGCCCAGGCCCCCCCGUCCUCGUGUCUCUCGGAGGCCCGCGGCCCCCCCGGCCCCCACCUCUGCACAGCGCAGCGAGGGGCGGGGUCGGGGCGGGGCCUGGGCGUGGUCGGGGCGGUGGCGGCGGGGCGGCUCCCGGGGGUCGGUGCGGCGCCGGCGGGCGGGCGGGCGGCAGCCGGGACGCCACGGUGGCGGGUCCGGAUGCCGGCAGGAUGGUGCUGGUCCCCGUCGCGGUGCUCUGGGCCCUGGCUCCCCUCCUCGCCUGGGCAGACCAGCCCCCCGUCACCGUCACGGCAUCCGUCGGCGAGGACGCCUGCCUGCCCUGCGGCACCCAGCCCUGGGGACACCUGCGUGGGGUCACCCUCACCUGCGCCCAGCAGAAUGGCACCCACCACCCCCGUCCCCGUCCUCAGCCACCGCCUGGGCUGGCACCCACCGCUGGAGCCGGGCUGGCACCCGUCGGAGGAGCCGAACAGCCGGUUUAGGGGCAGAGUCGCCUUCUGUGCCAUGGGGCCGGGGGACGCCGGCGUGUCCCUGCUGCUGAGGAACAUCAGCGAUCCCGAUUUUGGGAAUUAUUCCUGCUACGUGGCCGGUGACACCGCCACCGCCCCGCAGCUCCUUUGCAGCCUGGUGCUGCAGCCCACCGUGGCAGAGGUCCCGAAAAAUGCCGAGCCGGAUAUGAUCAUGAUGGUGUGCCUCCUCACCGCCGCCUUCGCCGUGGUGGCCAUCGGGGUCCUGGUCUGCUGCCACUGCAGGAGGCGGUACUGCAGGGGCCGAGCCCAGGAGGCCGGAGCUGGAGCUGGAGGAGGAGGAGGAGGAGGAGGAACGGUGGCCUUGGGUGACCUGAAGGGUCUCAGUGCCUGAGGGCACCCACAGCCCCACGGAGGAU